AUGUUCGAUAAGCACAACAGUAUAGCUCAGUCUUUCAGGUACGCUAGAGACCGUUAUAAGGAAGAUGACUUUAAUGGUGUAAAGUUGAGGCUUAUUCGAAGGCGUGGUAGUGAUGGAAGAGUUUAUAAUCUUCCGACAGCAUCCGAAGUGGCAGCUUUGAUUGUUGGAGAUAUAGACAGUGAUAUGGGCGAUAGGGAUAUCAUUAUUGAAACACAAGAUAGAGUAUUGCAGCGCAUCGAUGUGAAGCAUCCAUUAUAUCUUGGCUUGCAGUAUCCAUUGCUAUUUCCAUACGGUGAAGACGAUUAUCGUGAUGAUGUCCAGCGUACUGUAUCCAGUGGUAGGAAAAAUGCAAGAGCCAUGAUCAGCAUGAAGGAAUUUUUUUCGUUUAGACUUCAGAUGCGAUCUGGAGAAUCAGAAAUUCUACAUCGAUCAAGGAAACUUUUCCAACAAUUUCUGGUUGAUGCAUACACUAUGAUUGAGUUUGAACGGCUUAAUUUCAUUCGAUAUAACCAGAGUCAUCUGAGAGCUGAGUUGUACAAAAAUAUAAAACAUUCAUUAGAUAGCGGUGAAGAUGCAGCACUGAGCACUGGAAAACGUAUCAUUAUACCUUCUUCAUUCACAGGCGGACCUAGAUAUAUGGCUGAAAAUUAUAAAGAUGCUUUCGCAAUUUGCCGUUGGGCUGGAUAUCCUCAUCUUUUUAUAACAAUUACCUACAAUCAUAAGUGGCCAGAAAUUACACGAUUUGUUAGGGCCAGACAGUUGAACCCUGAAGAUCGGCCUGAUAUUCUAUGCAGAGUCUUCAAGUUCAAAUUGGACCAGUUGCUACAUGAUUUAAAAAAGGAGAAUAUUCUUGGCAGAGUCAUUGCAUAUGUUUGUACAAUCGAAUUCCAAAAGUGCGGACUACCUCAUGCUCAUAUUCUUCUAUUCUUGAACCCUUCAAGCAAAGCUGAAAGUGCUCUUGAUAUUGAUAAAUUGAUUUUAGCGGAGAUACUUGACAAGGAAAUGAAUCCUACUCUGUUUAUGGCUGUCACGAGUUACAUGAUACAUGGUCCAUGUGGUCCUGAAAAUUACAAAUCUCCUUGCAUGAAGGACGGACGGUGUUCAAAAAAAUUUCCAAAAAACUUCUGCUCCCGUACUUUGAUUGACGAUGAUGGAUUUCCUCAUUAUAAGAGAAGAAAUUAUGGGAGAGUUGUGAACAAAAAUGGUGUUGAACUUGAUAAUCGUUAUGUUGUGCCCUAUAAUGCACACCUUCUUUUAAAGUACCAGGCUCAUAUCAACGUUGAAUAUACUUGCCAGAGAAGUGCCAUUAAAUAUCUUUUUAAAUACAUCCACAAAGGGAAUGACAGAGUGACAGCUGCCAUAAAUCAUUCGGACGAUGAAAUAAAAAUGUUUUAUGACUGCAGGUAUGUCUCCGCAUGUGAAGCAGCUUGGAGAAUAUUUGGAUUUGACAUUCAUUCGAGAUAUCCCCCUGUUCAGAGAUUGCCAUUUCACUUGCCUAAUGAAAAGAACAUUAUUUUCAGUGAUAAUGAUUCGUUGUAUGAUGUAAAGACAAGGGCGGAGUCUAGACUGUCAAUUUUUGAGUCUUGGAUGGAUACAAAUAAAAAAUAUCCAAAAGGUAGGCAUCUAACUUAUGGAGAGUACCCGACUGAAUUUGUUUUCAAAGAAAAAACGCAUGAAUGGAAUCCGAGAAAAAAAGGAUUUUCCAUUGGAAGGAUAAAUCGUUUUUCUGCCAAUAAUGGAGAAGAUUCAUAUCUUCGCACCUUGCUUAAUUUUCAAAGAGGUUGCACCAGUUAUGAAGAUCUUAGAACGAUCAAUGGCGUGGUUUUUCCUACAUUUAAGGAUACGUGCUAUUCUUUAGGACUUCUGGAUGAUGACAAUGAGUACAUUGAUGUAAUUAAGGAGGCAAGUUCCUGGGGAUCUGCUGCUUAUCUUAGAUGUCUGUUUGCUCUGUUGUUAUUUGUCAACUCAAUGAACAGACCUGAAAAAGUUUGGGAAGAGUGUUGGAAAUUUUUAUCCGACGACGUUGUUUAUCGGCAUAGGAAAAGAAUAGGACGUCAAGUUGUUGUUCUAGGAGGUGACUUUCGGCAAAUAUGA